AUGGCUUUCAGCGGAGGUAGCGCGGGGGGCAUAUUGGGCCAGGCUCAAAACCCGUUCACGCAACCUGGUAACGCUCAAGGCCUGGCAUCCGAUCCUUACCAUCGAAAGCUGCGAGCUGCUCAUGCAUUCGCUGAAGCUCACUACCGUACGGCGUUUUGUCGAGGAUCGGCUCGGCGGUACAACCCACCCACAACCGUCUACCUCAUCCGCGCGGUCGCAAGCUGGGACAUUGUGACGGGUCGAUGCUUCAUCAUACUGAUAGACCUCUGCGCAGGGAGUCCAUCUCCGAACCCAGCCGCAAACCCGUUCUCGUCAGGUUCUCAACCAGGCGUUCAGUCAGCAGUCAAUCCCUUUGGCCAGCCACCCACUUUUGGAGCCCCUUCCGCGCAAGCUUCCAAUGUAUUUGGUCAGCCUUCAGUGACAUCUACCACUCUGUCGCCGUUCGGGACACAGCAGAGCAAUGCGCAGCCAUCGCCGUUCGGGUCCGCACCCACCACGAACAAUGGUAUAGGUUUUGGAGGAGCAUCAACGGGAUUCGGUUCAAAUGGAUUUGGAUCAGCCGGCUUUGGAUCCAACAACGUAGGCUCGAAUGGAUUUGGCUCUACCGCUCAAAACGGUUUCAGCAGCUCAGGCAAUCAGACACAGCCAGCAGUAGGCGGCUUCGGAGCACCAGCACGAUCUGCCUCUCCUUUUCAAUCAUCGACCAACAUGACCAACGGCGCGUCACCUAAUCCUUUCGGGUCAACAGCCGGCGUAAAUACUGGAUUUGGAGGCGGCACUGGUUUUGGAAGUGCUUUAAAACCCUUUGGCGCAUCUUCAGGCAACAAUAAUGCCGCCGCUGGUCCAACAAGUACAUCCGGGGGCUUUGGAAAUGGAUUUGGCAAAGGCAUAAAGGGCAGGCAAAAUGGGUUCAAGAAAACAAAACCAAACUUCACAGAGACUCUUGAAUCCAAGGGCAGUUAUGUUGUGCCCGGCAGCAAUGGCGAGUACCAGGUCACCAGAAACAAACCAUUAGGAGCGGGCUCUAGCGAAUGGGCACAGAAGAACGAUGCUCAUCACAAUCCUUUCAAGACUCUGAGUGAGAGACAGGCGGAUCCCGCGGCUGUUAUAGCUAGCAAGGGCAAGUCUGCGCGAUUCACUGCUGCCACUCCAGUUGCUACCCUUGAUGAGUUCUCUGCUGCAGUCAACAGCCAACUGAAGAAGGACAGAGUUAAAGAUUUGACUCUGCCCCACGACUUUUUUGAACCGGCGAAAAGACACAAAGCUCAAGCGUUCCGGGAGUCACAUCUCGAGGCUCACAAGAACAAAGUUCGGGAGUCAUUGGAGAAGGGCGACCUUUUGGAUGUCUAUGAGAAGCAGAUCAAUCUGGAGGAUGCCAUUGACUUCCGUGGAACUUGCGAGGAGAUGUGCCCUCUAUAUGAGAUCGUGAUCAGAGUGGCCGAAGGGAUCUCUCAGCUAGAGGAAAAAGAAGAGGGACCAGAUGGCACACUCCGUCCUUGCCUCGAGAAAUUCGUGAAGCGACACGCGCGCUCCUCAGCUGGUGACAAGCCGCCACUCCCGAGUGAAGUUCGUACACUUGGGGCGCUUGAAAGAACCACGAACUAUUUGCUUAACAACAUUCUGCAAGGCGAGCAUAACCUGAAGGACCGACAUGCUUUCCUCUGGGACAGACUGCGCGCUGUGCGAAGGGAUUUCAUCUUUUACACUAGGAUGAGACCGGAUGAAACUCUUGUUAUGGUGGGCAUUCUGGAGACAAUUGCUCGGUUUCACGCAGUCUCUCACCAUCUCCUGGCCAAGAAGGACGCUGCAAACGCAGAGUAUUCGGCCAAGCAAGAGCAGGAAGCAUUCCAGAAGACACUCAUUUCCCUCAAGCAAGCCUACAUGGAUUUGAACAAGCAAGGAAUAAAGUGCGACAACGAACCCGAAUUCAUGGCGUACUGGAUCGUUUUCUUCGCAGACGAUCCUUCGACCAUCCGCAGGCUGGAUAACGAGAUGUUGCUGAAAAACUGGUCCAACUCCAGCCAGGUGCAAACAGCCAUCUCACUAGUCCAUGCAAGGCUGAAUUUCAGGACGCCUCUCCAGAAGGGUCAGAAAACUCCUCGUCAAAAGCCAUAUGAAUACUUCCCCAGUUUGGCAAUCGGCGAAGGAACUGCAUACUUUGACAUUGUGGCCGAUCCGUCGGUAUCGUACACGAUGGCUUGUGUUGCCGAGAUGAGCUUUACUAUGAUCAGAGACAGGCUGUUGAACAGCAUGAUUCAGGCUUGUGCCAGAAGUCGGGACUCGCCAAAAGACAUCACGCCUGCAGCUCUGCAGGAGAUGCUGAGAUUUGAUACCGAAGAAGAGGCUGUAGAGUUUGUGGAAGGUCGAGGGCUCAACUUCUCAGACGACGGAAGUUAUCUCGUGUUGACGGACAAGAGCCAAAGAGUGAUUGAGACCGCGGUACCGACAUUUUCACGGAAUAUUGUCGAAAGAAAACGCUGCAAUCGGCCCCUUCUUGAGGUCAUUCGUAAUAAUGUCUACGAAGUUGAGACUCCACCAGACGCAGUCCAGACGAGGCAUCCAGAUAGCCCCGAGGGUAUGUUCGUGGAGGACUUUCCAAGUUCAAGAACACAAAGUCCUAUAAAGGCGGUGGUCCCACCAGUAACAACAAAUCCUUUCGGCACCCAGCAACAAAAAGCCCCUACCCAUUCAUCAUUCGGCACCUUCUCAAAGUCGGCCACCCCUGCGCCAUCCUUUGGUGCCCCUACUCCCUCCACUCAGCUGCCGCGCCAGGGGUUUUCCCAGGGAAAUACCACAAAAGCCUCUUAUGUCAACUGGAUAGCCCAGGAGCAACAAUUGAACAAGAGUUCAGGGAAUCCUUUCGCAUUUCUCAACGAGAAGACCGAUUUGAACAAGGACUUUCCUCCUCAACCAUCCUUGUUUGCGCCAAAAGCAACCCCCCAGUCGAACACACCAGCAGUUGCGCCAAGUCCAGCACCACCAGCAUUUCAAGUGCCAUCUGCAAAACCACCAGCACAGCCGCUACCUGCUCUGCCUCAACCUGGCCUGCCCCAGUUUGGUGGUUUUGGUUCAAAAACAUCCAAUGCAACUCAGGCGCAUUUUUUCCCUAAGCCUGAUGAAAAGGCUCCCGCAACUUUGUCUGCAACUCCUACACCAUCUCUCCCCUCAUCGGCCAGCUCAGCACCGCCUGCCACUGCUGAGACACCAAGUGUUGGGCUUGGCCAACAAGUAAACCAACCCCAACUUAUGGGCAGUGCAUCUAUAUCCGGCAUUCAGGAGAGGAUCGCAUCCUUGACAGAGAAGGAUGGCUUGAAAAAUACCGAAGCCCCACCUAAUAGCUUGGCACUACCAUCAUCUCAACUUUCUAUCAAACCGACGCCGCCCGCAUCUUCACCACCGGUGCCCAAAGUUAAACCCAUCGAGGCAUUGACGAAAUGGUAUGUGCUUGGGGACAAGGGUAUGCUCGAAGAAUUCAGGGAAAGCUACAUCGCUCAUCUUGUUGGUCAGGUAUUCCAGAAAUAUCAAGAGGAGGAACGGGAAAGGCUCCGGAGAGAGGAGGAUGAGAAAUCGUGGGAGGAGGCGAGAAAGUGGAGGACAUACAAUCUAGGGUUGAAGUUUUUCUACAGGUGGCGUGAUAUUGCAAGAGACCGGGCGCUUAGUCGGAGAGCUAGAGAUGGAAAGGAGGCGAUGAAGGCAUAUAGGGAAUCACAGUUGGCGAAGGCCAAGGAGGAAAGAGAGGCAGCAGAGAGGAAGAAGCGAAAGGAAGAUACAAUGCGAGCGAGCCAAAGGGAAAACGCUACUAGCAGCUUUUUGGAUGACUUCCAGAUGCGACAAAGUCAAAGGAAAAGCUCACUGGCUAGCGUGGAGGGCUUUAGGGGCCGGGAAAGCCGCCGUAACAGCUCACUGAAUAGUGUGGAGGCAGAACUCAUGGCUACUGGGGUGUUUAACGGGGUACGCAACGACAGGCUGGCUUUAUCGGGAGCGACUCGGGAUGACGCGAGCGACACCGACUCGGUUGCCGAGGCCCUUCUUGGACCUAGGCCUACCAACACCAGCUCGACUGAGCCCCAUCCGGACAGCAAAAGAUCGAACAUGCUACGGAACUGGCGAGAAAGCCUCUCGAGGUCAGCGUCACGGGUCAAGGAAGGCGCGAUGGCCGUCUUUUCGUCGAGCGCGAGGGAAUCAUUAAGACGGGGCAGUAAUGAUAUGGACGACGACCAGAGGAGUCAAGUCUCGGUACCACUUUCUCGUACUUCCAGUCUCAGCCGCUCGCUCCGAUCCAAGGCCAGAGUUACCAACUUCUCGGGCGUUACCAAGAAGCGAACGGCAUCCCCAGCCGGAAGCCUCGAUCACAGGCUAAAGGUACCGCGGAGCAGCGGGCUCAAGACGAGCCACUUCAGGCUUCGCGCCAUGGGAAUGGUCCACAUGCCCAACGGGCAGUAUCUCCACGAAUCGAUCGCCAAACCGAUGCUUGAGGGCAAGCGGUUCCAUGGCAUAGGUGAUUACGGGCUGCCUGCCGUGAAGACCAGUGACAAGCUAGACCCUCCUGAGCAGGACGGCGACCUCCCUGUGGAGCAGCAUCAACGACGCUAUUCCCCCCAUCACCAAUCGCGGCUGUCGACCUCUUCACUCAACCGGUUCGUCACCUCGCCGCCGUCGGCGUACAAGCGCAAGAUCUCGGACCUGGACGGGGCCGGGAGCAAGGACGCCGAUGCACGCUCGGUGCAGAGUCUGGACAUGGGCGGCUCCUCCUCUGGAGGCAAGAAACAGCGUAUGAGCGGGGAAGUGGCGAGCAGGGGAGGGUUCGACCUGGCCGAGACGGAGCGCAUCAUCCGCGAGAUGCGCCAGACGGCGGCGCAGAUGGAGGAGGGCGAGGCUUGGUACCGCGAGCAGAGCGCGGCAUUUGGGAGGGGAGAGAGUCCCUGGGCCAACUAG